GGUGUUGCUGCUGCUGCUCACGGGGAUGUCGGACGGAGAGGUCGCUGCUCGUAGCCACUCCCUGUGUCCACUGUGGCCAGUGAAAAACAGAGAGAUGAAGUGAACGUGCCCCUUCCGAACCUGAGGCGAGAGCACAGCCAGUCACACAACGGCCUGGUGUGCGGUCAACGUCCCUCCCCUCCCACCGAUCCACUUUGAUGGUCGGCAGUGAGACGCCAGGCACCAGAACGCUCGGGUCACCAUGCGGAAGAAUAUAGUCGUUAACUUAAUCUGCGAGGUGGCGCUAAGAUUAUUCCUGUUUGCAGUAUUCCUGAUUACUGAGACAUUGACUCCAUUCCACCGGAUCAUCCACCCGGAGGAAAUGUGGCUAUACAAGAAUCCCCGGAGCGAGCGGGAUACUGUCCCCACCUGGCACAUGUUUGCCAUUUCAUUCUUGACUCCAUUGAUGGUGAUCCUGCUGAUGAAGGUGUUGAAUCGCUCGGAAAAUGGGGAUGUGAAGGAGGGUUGUCUAGCUGCCUCCCUGGGUCUGGUUCUAAAUGGAGUGAUCACAAACACUUUGAAACUCGUGAUUGGAAGACCACGUCCGGAUUAUUUUUACCGCUGCUUCCCAGAUGGAGUGGUAACGGAGGACAUGCAAUGUACCGGUGACCCCGGCUCCAUCAUGGAGGGCCGGAAGAGCUUUCCCAGUGGUCACUCCUCCUUUGCGUUUGCUGGGCUGGGCUUCACUAGCUUCUACCUGGGAGGGAAGCUGCACUGUUUUACAUCGAGGGGCCGUGGUAAAGGCUGGAGGUUGUGUGCCACACUGCUGCCCGUCUACAUCGCAGCCAUGAUCGCACUGUCCCGCGCCUGUGAUUACAGACACCACUGGCAAGAUGUCGUGGCUGGUUCCCUGAUUGGCUUGACGGUGGCAUACACCAGUUACCGGCAGCACUACCCAUCCCUGUCUGACCAGGACUGUCACAAACCCUAUCCGAAGACCAAGCUGUCUACAACUCAGGAGCGGAAACUCUCCAACCCUGCUUUCAAACUGGACGUAUAGAGAGCCAGCGCUUCAGGGAUGUGGCCCAGGAAACAUCCAGCCUCUCCUCGCCGUGUAAACUCGCUUCUCCUUUUAUUUUUGGGACAGGGUUUGUGGGCGGGGGGGGGGGCAACAUUUGCACAUAUUUAUAAUGGGACCUUGUGCAGCACUGUAAUAAGUGCACAUAUGACUGACACACGCACUUACAUGUACACACACGUACACCUGCACGUACACACGCACACACACACACACGCGUACACACAAUAUGUGUGCAAAGAAAGGGAAUUAAAUGGACCAGCAAGACACCCGAGCAUUCAGAUUUAAUUAGUUCAUGAAGUUAAUGCGACUGAUUUCCCCCCACCUUUUUUUAAAAUUAUCAACGUAAAUCUUUUAUUGUUCAAAUAAUGCUCGCAUCUAAAAAUUCACAAAUAAAAUCCAGAUCAUUCCAAGGCAAUGAUACAUCAUGGUUGUAAAAAGUAAGUGCGUUUCUGAAGGUGCUGAGGAUUUGAGUGCAGGAAUGUGCUGAACCGACAUGUUCUGGAGAGUUAACAUCAGUGCCCCAUCUGAACAUUACACCGUACUGUACUCACAGGGACUAGCGCCUGGUGUUCACUCCCCAGAAUAAGAAUGGAGGGAUCUCCUGUGACCAGGGGUUCAGGUCUGUGGGUUUAAUCAGAGUUUGUGUCAUUCCAGCCUCGGAUUCCCCCUGAGGUGUCCCAGUGUAAGCCCUGUUCUGCUCAGUCACCCACAGACCAUGCUGGGAAAGCUGAGCAAUUUUCCUCACUGACCCCCACCCUGAUCACUCCCUCGUCAUUUUGACUGGUGCCCGGAGUUCACUUCCAAGUCAGCCCAGACACAAAUGCAGUCAGAAACCUUUUUCCAAUUGCCCCAAAUGAGGUUUAUACAAACAUUAAACCUAGGAGCAGGCCAUGAAAACCCUUGAGUGUGCUCUGCUAUUCAACACCAUCUGCCUCAACGUCACGUUCCUGACCUUUCAACCCGUUUCAGACUGAAAAUCAGUCCGUGUGCUGCUCCUAUUUAUUCAGUGUCUUGGUAUCCCCCGCCCACUGGGGAAGUAAACUCGGCAGAUCUCAUUUCUGCCACGCCUCAUCCUAAAACUGUGCCCUUUUAGAGGUACAGCUCUCGUGUGAGCCAAACUCGGGCACCCACAGCCCCUCACAACACGUCUGUGCAGCCAGUUUUCAAAAGAACCUUUGCCUGUCACCUGUGGCACUCGUUUUCAUGAGACACUUGCUCACCCCCAUCAGCAAGACGUGACAUGGGUUAUGGAGGUGGGAACAAAACACACCGCAGUACGGGCUGUAUCAGUGUUGAGACGGUUCUGUCCGAGAGAUGGGUGGCAGGCUGCUUCUCCGUUCUGCCAGGCACUUCUCAUGCUGCUUCCUGGGGUAAACUCCAGCUGAAGCUGUCUCCCUUGAGGAACUUGAGGGUUGUUUCUGGGACUGAACCCAACCAUUGCAGCCUUGCUGACCAGAGAUGGGACCAUGCAUACAGAGCCCCUCGCUGGGCUUUGCUUCCUGACCUGACCACACUGCUGCGUAUGUGGAAUUGGCAUUGCAUCGUGUAUUUUGUACAGUGUUUUGGGGGGUGGGGGAGGAGCCAUUUCUUCUUGUGGGUGGGGAUGUCGUGUGGUUCCAAUGGCCAGAGAGCAGCCUGUUGACAUUCGGUGCGCUGCAGGUCAGUGUGUCUCUGCUGUGCUGUGUCCAGGGAAGGGGUGCCCAAUGUGCAGCGCAAUUUGGGAGGGGUGGGAUGCUUGGAUAUGACAGCAAGGUCCAAAUGUAUCCAAGCUGAGGACUUGGUUCAGUGCAGUGACUAACAGUCACACAGACAUGCACACAUCUCUUUCGCAACCCCGCCAUCUCCACAGCCCCACAAAGCUACAACAUUGCACAGAAGGUAACCGCCCAGUGUGGGGGGGGACCUGUUCCUGACCCUCCUGUUGAUGGCAGGCGCACGGAUCUUAUCAUUGCUCUCCAGCAGAUAGGCUACUGCCUAGACUAGGCACUGAAAUUGUUCCCCUCCUCUUUCACCACCUUCAUCUCUGACUGCCCAUCUGGAAGGUCUCAAAGAGAGGUCCUGGCCAGCUGCAGGGUACAUACUCUGGAGAGCUGUACCAUCUUCCCACCUGCUUUGCACAGCAACUUCUGUUCCCCGUCUCAACUACCCAGAGAAUUUGACCCAGCACCAACCUUGCUGCUACUUUGAAGUUCCAAAGGGGUGCAGUCCCACAGGCAGAGGAAGGCUGAAGCAGCACAUUGUUGUGCUGUUGGUGUUAACCUCCCGCCAGCCUCUGCGCUGGGUGGGCUGCAGGAACCAAGUAUUGUGUUUGUCAGCUAUGUCUUGUACUGUAAAUAUCCAGGGGGCCGACUGUAAUGUGGUCCAGAUCUGUGUUAUGUCCCACACACCACCUGCAGCAAAUAAUGUCAGGUCAAACCUGUGUAUUCAUGGAAAGUAUUCUGUUUUGUGUUGAAAUAAAACAAAGACUGAAGAAGG